CUCGACUUGCCGACCAUCCAUCCCUCCGGCCCUCCCAGUCUCGCGAUCUCGCCGCCGCCGCCGCCGCCAUGGCUUUCUCCGCGCGGAGGAGACUCGCCACCAGCCUCUCCCACCACUUCUCCCGCCGCCUCCACCCCUCCAUCUCGCACCUCAUCCCGCCCCACCACGACCGCUCCGAGAGCUCCUCCUCCUCCUCGGCCGCCCCGCCUCCACCUCAAUCUCAACCCGCACCGCCGUUCCCCUCCGCUCUUCUCCGGCCGUCGAGAUCCCGAGCGCUAACUAGCCUGCCCCUCCCAUUCGCCCUCCACCUCGCGGCCCACCGCAAUUUCUCUACCACCUCAUCCUCCUCAACACCCGACAUCGAUGUCGCGGCGGACGUGCUCUCCGACGCCGCCUCCUCGGUCCCCGUAUCGGAGCUGCUCUCGGAUGAAGUGGCUUCCGCCGCAGCCUCCAUCCCAGUGCCGCCAGCGCCGUACGCGGGAGAGGUGGCUGCCGCCGCUGCCGAAUCAUUUCCUCCGGUCGCUGCCCUGCAGCACCUCCUGGACGCCGUGCAAUCCUUCACUGGGCUCAACUGGUGGGUUACAAUUGCGCUGACGACAGUGCUGAUCCGGUCACUGACUGUCCCAUUGCUCAUCAACCAGAUGAAGUCCACGAUUAAGUUAAAUGAGAUGAGACCAGAAAUUGAAGCCAUCAAUGAAGAGAUGCGGAAUUCAACUGAUCCAAGGUCAAUGGAAGUGGGGAAGCAGAAAUUGGGCGAGCUAUUCCUUAAACAUGAUGUGACUCCAUUGACACCAUUGAAGGGUCUAUUCAUACAGGGGCCUAUAUUCAUGAGCUUUUUCUUUGCUAUAUCAAACAUGGUUGAGAAAGUCCCUUCUCUCAAAGGAGGUGGUGCAUAUUGGUUUACUGAUUUGACAACGCCUGAUGAAUUUAUCAUCCUCCCAGUGUUAACAUCACUGACCUUUUUGGCUACAGUAGAGCUCAAUAUGCAAGAUGGUAUGGAAGGAAAUCCUAUGGCGGAAACAAUGAAAAAGGUCUCCAGAUUUUUUGGUGUUAUGUUUGUUCCACUUACACUAGGCUUUCCAAAGGCAUUUUUCUUUUAUUGGGUCACAUCAAACAUGUUCUCGCUUGUAUAUGGUGUUGUUAUCCGGAAUCCGGCUGUAAGAAUGUGCUUAGAUCUUCCUCCCUUGGAAUCUCAGCCAGCACCUGCACGAAUGCAGGCCCUAAACCUCGUUGACGGUCCUAAGCCAAGUCCUAGAGUUGAUUCUCCUAUUGCAGACAAGGAGUGUGAUCAAUCUAGUUCUGAGCUAAGUGAGCAAUCUAGUUCUGAGCUAAGUGAGCAAUCUAGUUCUGAGCUAAGUGACCGUAUCAGAGAUCUUGAGAACAGGGCAAAAUCAAGGGGUGAAUCUCAAGAGUAGUUCCUGAUUUUUCUGCUCAUGGAAGUAAAAGAACCGCAGCACCUUUUUGGGUUUUGGUAACUUUAUGUUGGGAGCGAAGGGUACCCAAUAUGUGCACAUUGUACUGAGAUUUUAUUCGGGAGAGGCGGCUGUUUUUCAGACCAUGGGGUCACUGUCGUUUCAGCAAAUAAAUUGGAGUAAUUUUGGCAUGUAUAUUGUUUCACAGCACGAUAUAACCUAACUAGCUUAACAACAGCAUGUUGUUUCAUGGAUUAAGCAUAGUGAUGCUGCUCUGAGUUUUUCUUGUAUUUGCUUGAUAUGCUAAAAGCUCAAAUGAUAUACCUGUAUUUUUAAAUUUGCAAUGUUGUGUAUUUUUGGACAGAACUGUAAUUCUGCCACGUGACUUUUAGAUUCACCCCGUUCAUUUCGAUAUUAUACUGCUGACGUAUUA